UCGGACUCCUUCACCAACCAAACUCAUAGCAUUUGUAUAUAAAUCACAUUCCCCAUUAAUCGAAGGCUUAACCAGAGAGAGUAAUGGAGGGGAAAGAGGAGGAUGUAAGGCUAGGAGCCAACAAGUUCUCAGAGAGGCAGCCACUGGGGACCUCAGCACAGACCAAGGACUACAAGGAAGCACCACCUGCUCCCUUGUUUGAGCCUGGUGAGCUGCAGUCAUGGUCUUUCUGGAGAGCAGGCAUUGCAGAGUUCAUGGCGACUUUCCUAUUCCUUUACAUCACUAUCUUGACUGUAAUGGGGGUGGCAAGGUCUAAUAACAAAUGUGCUUCUGUUGGUCUCCAAGGCAUUGCUUGGUCCUUUGGUGGCAUGAUCUUUGCCCUUGUCUACUGCACUGCUGGUGUCUCAGGUGGACACAUAAAUCCAGCAGUGACGUUUGGACUGUUCCUAGCCAGGAAAUUGUCCCUAACCAGGGCAAUUUUCUACAUUGUGAUGCAAUGCCUUGGCGCAAUCUGCGGUGCCGGUGUGGUUAAAGGGUUUCAGCCAUCGCUAUAUGAGAGUAAAAAUGGAGGUGCAAACUUUGUGAGCCAUGGUUACACCAAGGGAGAUGGGCUUGGUGCUGAAAUUGUUGGUACAUUUAUUCUCGUCUACACUGUCUUCUCCGCCACUGAUGCCAAAAGAAACGCAAGAGACUCCCAUGUUCCCAUUUUGGCUCCUCUCCCCAUUGGGUUCGCUGUGUUUUUAGUUCACUUGGCAACCAUCCCCAUAACAGGAACUGGCAUCAACCCUGCCAGGAGCCUUGGAGCUGCCAUAAUUUACAACAGAGACCAUGCAUGGGAUGGCCAUUGGAUCUUCUGGGUAGGACCCUUUGUAGGGGCAGCACUUGCAGCACUCUAUCAUCAAGUUGUAAUCAGAGCCAUCCCUUUCAAGAGCGGAAACUGAAACAUGUCACCUUUGUUAUUGUAUUUAACAGUUUCUUGACCGUCUAAGUUUAUUUUUACUGUAAUCUAUGGAGGGUCUUUAUUACUUGUAUUGGUGUGAAUGAGGUUGGAUUGAGUAAUUAACAUUAAAUUAAAAAGAAAA